AUGUCUCUGGCUUCGGAUAAGUGUGCCUUCUGCCAUCAAAGGGGCCAUUGGAAGUAUCACUGUCCCAAGAAGGGAUGUCUGUCUGGCUCAUCUUCUCAGCAGUCUCGAACUCAGUUUUGCCCUUCUUCUUUGAGUAAUUUUCAGGCUCCCAUCACUUAUACUGCAUCUGCUCCGGCUCUUGAUCCUGACUUGGCUUCCUUGAGUACUCAGAUUAGUCAGCUUCACGGCUCUCAUCAUAUGACUCCCCAUCAUUCCUUCCUUCAAAAUUGUACUCCUCCAUUUCCUAUUAUUGUCAAUGUUGUUAAUGGACCUGGUAUGUCUGUUAUAUCUGUUUGGUCUGUCUUACCGUCUGCUAUGUCUGUUGAUCGGAUGUCUAAGCAACAGAUUGGGACCGGCCGUAGAGUUGGAGACCUCUAUGUGGUGGAGAGCUUGCAUCUGCCUAUGCUUCCUCCUCUCACCGCCCCAAUUUCCAAAGAAGAUUUGGUUCACAUUGAUCCGUUUUCUUCUAAGGUCCUAUCUGUUAAGUACAUCUCCACAAUUCCUCCUGAGCUUGUUCCAUCUUCUCCUCCUGCUUCACCUCUGGUUGCUUCUCCUCCUUUGGUUUCUUCUUCCCCUCUAUUGUUGGUCUAUUCUCGUUGCCAGGCUCUUCUACCACCAGUUGUCUCUACUCCUAUUGCUGCUAUUUCUGCUUCUGACGACUCAGAUCCUCCUGAUCACCGAUAUCCUACUCGUCAAUGUCGUCCUCCAAACAGGUUGGAACCUCAGUCUUACACGGAGGCCUAUCAGGAUCCUAAUUGGGUUCAAGUUACGGAGAAUAAGUUGUUUGCCUUGCAAAAGACUAACACUUGGGAGUUGGUUCCUUUACCUGCUGGCAAGAAUCUGAUGGACAUUAAGAAUGCUUUUCUUAACAGUCAUCUCACUGAGAAAGUCUACAUGCAUCCUCCAUCUAGCCUUCUCCACUCCUCUGGGCAGGUUUUUCAUCUUCGGCGUGCUUUGUAUGGUUUGAAGAAAUCUCCUCGUACUUGGAAUGAUCGCUUUCAGACUACUGUUACUGAGCUUGGGUUUCUUCCUUCUGCUUCCAACUUUGCUUUGUUUUUGAGACAUACCUCGAUUGCCUCUUCGCCAAAGGGCUAUUUCCUGUCUCAGGCAAAAUUUGCUAAUGAGGUUAUUCAUCAUGCCGAUCGUACUGAUACUAAGGUUUUUGAUACCCCUAUCGAGCUUAAUGUGAAGCUUAACUCUACUGAUGGUGUCCCCCUCAAUGAUCUCACGAUCUAUUGUGAACUUGUGGAUUGUUUAGUUUAUUUGACUGUGACUCGUCCUGAUCUUGCUUAUGCUGUUUAUGUGAAAACCUUUCAGGAAUCUUACAGUAGCCGCAAAUAG